AUGAUGGGUCCUUCGGCAACUGUGUACCCCAGAAAGCCUGUGGAGCUGGGGGAUCCCAACGUGCUCAUCUGCUUCGUGGACAAGUUCUCCCCCCCAGUGCUGAACAUCACCUGGCUGAAGAACGGGCAGGUGGUCUCGGAGGGCAUGCAGGAGACGGGGUUCCUCUCCAGCGUGGAUUACACUUUCCGCAAGUUCUCCUACCUGGCCUUCGUCCCGCAGAAGGGGGACGUCUACGCCUGCCAGGUGGACCACUGGGGCCUCCCGGAGAGCCUGACCCGCCUCUGGUAUCCCAGGAAGCCAACCCCCAUCCCUGAGAUGCCGGAGAACGUGGUGUGCGGCCUGGGCUUGGUCUUUGGUGUUUUGGGCAUCGUUGCUGGCCCCGUCCUCUUCUUCAAGGCCAGGAAGAUGAAGGAGUCAAACCAUCGCAGGGGCACCAUAUAACCAAGGCAGAGCCAGGUCACCUUCUCUCCUGGCCCAUCGCUUGCACAACGCCCUGCUUCGAAAGCCCACCCUCUUCCCCAGCUGAUCAGAUUUCACUUGAAAUGUCUGAUUUCUCAGUCUUUAUUAUAGGAGUGUGUGGGAAUGACAACCUCUGCUGAUUUUCUAAUAUGGAAGGUUGCAAUUUUUAGCAUAGACCUCACCGCUGUCCCUCCUACCCUGUGUUCAGGCCCUUUCCGGUCUGUUAACAGGAUGAGGUCGGAGAGACCUGGGGGCUGAAAGGUGGCUUCUUAAUUCCUUAUUAAUAAUUCAUUAAUAAUUCAUUAUUUCUUGGCUGAGACCUGGGUUGCUAUUGCUGCCAGUGGUGCUUAAUCCUGGAAAAGGAAGAUUUUCAGGCAGAAAUUGGCUCGCUGUUUGCUUCCCUCCCUUUCUCUAUUUUUGAGAGACUUUCUACUAACUUUUCUUACACAAUUUCUCAAUAAAAUAUGUACAGUCUUUUGCAAUUUUCUCCUCUGUUUCAAUAUGAUAAUGAAUAAAAUGGACCUUUUCCGGAA